GUCAAGAUUGGCAAAGGACUGGUGUUGCUGAACGCAGGUAAAAGACCAAGCCACAUCAAAAAGGAAUCAUUUAUCCUCGGAAGAAAGCAGAUACUGGGAUGGGAACUGGCAAAGGUUUUCGCGCGGAAGAAGAGCCACAACAGCGAGCAUUGGAAGAAGAGCAUCAUAUGGAGCAGGAGCACUCUUCUGCCAUGUCGGACAGUGAUGACGGCUCCCCGCUCAACCUGUCAGGAAGGGGACUCUUUGCGAAGCGCCGUCGUCGGGGCAACCUGCCCAAAGAGGCGGUGCAGAUUCUCAGGAGCUGGCUGUACGAGCACCGCUUCAACGCCUACCCCUCCGAGCAGGAGAAACUCAGUCUUUCCAGCCAGACCAACCUCUCCGUGCUGCAGAUAUGUAACUGGUUCAUCAACGCACGCCGUCGCCUCCUUCCUGACCUGCUUCGAAAAGAUGGCAAAGACCCCACCAAGUUCACAAUAUCCCGCAAGUUUAACGCCAAGGGUGACGGCCACUCCUCCACUGGGGGUGGCAGCAGCUCCCCCGAGUGCCACUCUUCCACCGGCUCCUCUCAACAGCGCCCGUCUGUCAUUCGCUCUACUCCUUCUUUGGACCUCAGUGUUCUUGGGAACACCGCUACUGCUAUACUGACGGGAGCAGGCUAUCCCGGGAAGGAUGGCUCAGUUCAGGCGCUGAUGAGGCUGGACACGCAAAGUCUGCUGAGGGAGGCGGAGGAGCAGGGGGCCAACACGUCAGCUAGCCCAACCGGUGGGCUGUUCAACACACCUCCCCCGACUCCCCCAGAGCUCUUUCCCACCCAGGACUUUAGUGAUCUGAGGCUUCUGGUUGAUGCAGCUCUACAGAGGGCAGCAGAGCAGGAGAACCUGCAUAGGAUCCAAGAGAGUCAGACCCUCAAAGAGACUGUCAAGGUCGAGGCGCGAAGUGACAUGGGCCCCACACCUCCACCUGAGGACAGUCAGCAGGUCUUGGAUCCCUGCAGAGUGCAGAGUCUGAUGGAGAAGGCUAUGGCAGUACCAACUGUCACUACAGUGACACCUGUACCAGCUCCAGCUUCAGUCUUGGUUUCUGCCCCGAGGCUGCCUCCCCUGUCCAUGACCAAAGUCAUUUGGAGUCCGUUGGAAAAGGAUGGUGUCCGGGCGUCCAGCCCGAAGCAGGUCAUCCCAGCCCACGUGCCAUCCUUGGUUGCAGUGCCCGACUCGAUGUUUGGGCAGCUCAGUUGUGAAAAUCUUGCUGCUCCAGAUGCAACUCCAGGCUCAAAUAGUCCUCAAAGUGCAUCACUGCCCAUGACGAGGCCCGCUCCGGUGCUAUCACCAAUAAGUUCUACCUCCGUCACCGCCACAAGCCAGGCAUCACCACCAGAGGUUCGGCUUGUUCCAUCUGCCCCCACUCCAACCAUCGCCUCGUUCACAGCCCCAAGAACUGUCCCUCUUUACCUGCCGUUCCACAAAUCCCAAUUUUUUCCAGUGGCCUUUCAGCCGCCUGUGUCUCCCCCCCUUGGUCCCUCCCCAGUCUCUACCUCCGGCCAAGCUGCAGCUCCUCAGCUCUUGCAGUCCUCAAGGUCAACAGUCCCGCCUCACCUUGGCUUCUCUCCCCACCUCCCCACCAGCGCUACAAGCAGCAGUAGCACACAGAGGAGUUCUGCGGUGGUGCCAAGCGUUUGGAGCAUGGUCCAUGCCGACACCAGGCAGCCCAGUCGCCUCCAAGUGGUGAAGCCUCCCAUCACCAGCGCAGUGUGGGGCCCACAACACACGGCCUGCACACAGUGAAUGGAACUGGGUGCUUACCUUUUUUAUGGCUGUAAAAAAAAAAAAAAAAGGAAUGUAUUUUCAUCACCACUCCUUAUGAAAAGAAGCAUGUGCCUGUGAAAUAGAGGGCUUUGUUUUAGAUUUCUGAAUGUUUUGGUUUAUUUUAGGCUGCUGGUUCAUGCAACUUGUAUUUGUUUUAAGUGUUCUAGAAUCAAGCAGCUGCUGGUAGCAACUCCUUCAUGCCAUUCAAUGAACAUUCCAGGUUCAUUGUAGUGCACCAGUUUUUAUGCAUUUUUGCGUGUAAAGGUCUCCAACAGCACAGUUUGCAUCUUCAGUAGCAACUUUUCUUGAAUGUACAAAAUGUAUUAUUUCCUUUUUAGUUACAUUAGUUUUUAUUCCUUAUCACACUAACAACAUAGUCCUCAUUUUUACAAAUCAAGUGAUUUGCUUUCAUUUUAUGUUUUUUUUUUUUUUUUUUUUGCCACGGGGUUGAGCUGGAGAGAAUUGUUUAACAAAGCAGUUUGACUGCUUUUUCUUGCUACCGUUCAUCUCUCUCAACCAUCUCCUUGUCUUUAUUUUCUAGCCAAAGGGAUUCCAAUUAUUUGUCAUUGCGAACCACACUGUUGUGGUUCUUUUUCAACCGUAUUAUUGUCUUAAUCUGUAGUGUACAGUUUGCUGGGCUUGUAGAACAAAAGGAGGUCACAUUGGAUCUUACCAACAUCAAUGUUGGUGUGAAAUUGAGCCGCCCGAUGACAUCAUGCUGUUUUUUUGGGAGGGGGGGUUGACUGAAGCGACGCAUUUAAGUCAAAUCUUAUAUUUCCAGCCAAUAGGGAGUCUUUAGUAUUGGUCUUGUUUUCGAAAUCCAAAUGUCUUUACAAGGGUCUUUUUUCCCCUCAUCUGUGCUUUAGAAAUGUCAACUCAUUCAUGAAAUCGUAGUUUCCAUGAAACUGUCUUAGGAAAAACUGCAAUAUAUUUGCGUGUGGCUGAACUUCAUAGAAAUACUGUAGCAGGAGCGUGAGGUCUGUAACCUGUUUACCAUAGUCCUUGAACCAUGGCCAGUUUGUCCCCAUUGAGGUUGCAAAUGCAAAGAGCCGGAGAUGAUGUACGCAUGGGUGUAGAUGUUAUUUUAGACGUUGGUCCUCCUCUCCGCCAGUACGUUCACUUUAAAUCUCAUUACUGUCGCUCGUUUUCAGGUUUUGUUGACGUUGUCAUCUGAUGUGCAUGUAUACCUCAUUUUACACAGGUCACAUCGGGUUUAGGUUUUACGUAGAGAACUGAGUAUUAAAGUGAAAGUGCUAUUUUUGUACAAUUACUACUAUGUGGUUUCUGGAGACGAGAUGGAAAAAAUAGGCUGAAUGUUUUUAGGUAGCAUGAUUUUGUAUGUUUUAGAUGCUUGACAUUCCAAUUGGCUAAGAUUGUAACGUCUGUAAAUAUUUUCAAGUUUGAGAUGUUUUUAGUUUGGUAAUGACAUGAUACUUAUCUCAAAGAUUGUCAUUUCUUCACUGCCAAACAUUCCAAAAUCUUCAUGUUGUGAACCAUGACUGACCGUUAGCAGUAUGACGGGCUUCUGUGCCUUAAACCUUCGAGUGAGGGAUUAUGUGCCCUUUUUUUUGUUUGUUUGUUUUUUUUGUAUUGUACAUGAGCUUAAUAGUUUGUGCAAUAUACGCCUUAAACUUAAGUGUGUUUUGUAUAAGCAUUUCAAUGAAAUAAAAGCUCAGUUUUUCAUACAUUCUGCAUGUUUUGGUUUUUUGUUGUCCUUGAAAGGAAACAGAACCAGUCAAAUGUUUGGACUCACUUUUGCACGAGCUAGUGUCCAAACGUUUGACUGCUUCUGUGUAACUGUUGGAUGACUUGUUUUCGCAGCAGACUAAUUCUAGGUUGCCAGCUUAAUGUCCAAGUGAAAUUUGUUGAGAAAAUAAAAAGAAUAAGCAUUCUGGAUUCGUAGUGUGUAAGACCUCCACUUGCCUGUAUGGACUCCCUACAGCAUUUUGGGAAGGCACUCUGGUGAUGUUACGGAGGGGUUCCUGGGUGAUCUGUUUGACCAUAAAAUAGGGGUCCUGAUGCUGGGUUAUUACCCUCCUCUUCCAUCUAUUUUGGCCUGUCUCCUGGUAUCUCUUCCAGAGGCCCGUUGCACAAGAAUAGGAUAAGGGAUUCAUCCGGGAUAUCUUGGUUAUCCUCGCUCAACUUAUCCGUGAUCCGGUUGUACAAAAGUUGGGUAUGUUCUGGCAUAAGGUACAAUGGAAAUGUAUUGUGUGACGCUAGCCUGCUCCAGACCAGGCUCAGGUCCAGGAUCCAUUUCAUCUCAUCCCUUAUCUCAGUCAGCAGCCAACAUAAACGGAAACCAAUAAUUGUUCCACUGCCCACUACGCAUUAUCACAUUCAACUACACCCACUCAUUAUUUUAACAUUUG